CUACUUCCAGAUCGAAGAUGGCGGUCUCGGUGUUCCCCGGCGUGCGGCUCCUCUCUAUCGGAGACGCGAACGGAGACAUACAGCGGCACUCAGAGCAGCAGCCCCUGCGGCUAGAAGUGAAAACCACUCAAGAUGCUGCCCUCAUCAAUCUCUCCAAUGGAGAGGAGGCAAGUGUGUUCAAGUGUUCGGUUUCCAGGGAGACAGAGUGCAGCCGCGUGGGGAAGCAGUCAUUUAUCAUCACACUUGGCUGCAACAGCGUCCUGCUGCAGUUUUCCUCACCUGCAGACUUUCAGUCAUUUUAUAACCUCCUGAAGAACAGUCGUGGACAUGUCAGUGAGCGCUCAGUCUUCAGUGAAAGGACAGAGGACUCCUCUGCUGUACAGUACUUCCAGUUUUAUGGCUACCUCUCCCAGCAACAGAACAUGAUGCAGGACUACGUUCGGACAGGGACUUACCAACGAGCUAUUCUCCAGAACCACACUGACUUCAAAGAUAAGGUGGUGCUGGAUGUUGGCUGUGGCUCGGGGAUCCUCUCUUUCUUUGCUGCUCAAGCUGGAGCCAGAAAGGUCUAUGCUGUGGAGGCCAGCACCAUGGCACAGCACGCAGAGGUGCUGGUGAACAGUAACCGUCUCGGGGAGCGUGUGGUUGUCAUCCCGGGGAAGGUGGAGGAGGUGACGCUGCCUGAGCAGGUUGACAUUAUCAUCUCAGAACCGAUGGGCUACAUGUUGUUCAAUGAGCGCAUGCUGGAGAGUUACCUACAUGCCAAGAAGUUCCUCAAACCCAACGGAAAAAUGUUCCCGACUAUUGGUGAUGUCCACCUGGCCCCCUUCACAGAUGAGCAGCUCUACAUGGAGCAGUUCACCAAGGCCAACUUCUGGUACCAGCCCUCCUUCCACGGUGUGGACCUCUCUGCCCUGCGAGGAGCAGCAGUGGACGAGUAUUUCCGCCAGCCAAUUGUGGACACAUUUGACAUCCGUAUUCUGAUGGCCAAGUCAGUCAAAUACACAGUCAACUUCCUGGAGGCCAAAGAAGAGGAUCUCUACAGGAUAGAGAUUCCCUUUAAGUUCCACAUGAUGCACUCAGGCCUGGUGCACGGCCUGGCUUUCUGGUUUGACGUGGCAUUCAUGGGAUCUGUGAUGACAGUGUGGCUGUCCACAGCACCCACAGAGCCUCUCACUCACUGGUACCAGGUACGCUGUCUGCUGCAGUCUCCCCUCUUCACCAAGGCUGGGGAUACGCUGUCCGGCACUGCCAUGCUGGUGGCCAAUAAGAGACAAAGCUACGACAUCAGUAUUGUUGCCCAGGUGGACCAGACAGGAUCAAAGUCCAGCAACCUCCUGGACUUGAAGAACCCCUUUUUCAGGUAUACAGGCACCACCCCUAAUCCCCCUCCUGGCUCACACUACACCUCCCCGUCCGAGAACAUGUGGAACACGGGGACAGCCUACAGCAUGAGUCAGGGGAUGGCUGUAUCAGGGAUGCCUGCAGCUUAUGACCUCAGCACAGUUAUUGGCAGCGGCCCAUCAGUGUCUCACAACAACCUCAUCCCCCUGGUGAACACUGGAAUUGUAAACCACACUCACUCCAGGAUGGGCUCCAUCAUGAGCACAGGAAUAGUCCAAGGCGCAACUACAGGCCAGUCGGGGCCCAGCAGCAGCGGUACUUACUAUCCUGUCACCAACCAGUUUACCAUGGGCGGUGCUGCCAUUUCCAUGGCCUCACCCAUGGUCAUUCCCAGCAACACCAUGCAUUACGGCAGUUAAGACGAAGACUUCUCAACGACCUCUUCGACCUUCCCGCCCCUGCAUGACAAGAGAUUCCCCCACCUCUCCCCUAGUGGAGCCCCACAGUCCGCCCCCCCCUUCAACCUUGUCUGAUGCACCACCUGCAGCCAAAACCAACAUACCACAACCAGUGCUGUGCUGGCACUACCUUCUCCUGUUGGUCGUCCUCAUCCGACUCCUUUCAGUCCAUUACUAGAUGAACGGUCCAGCGCCCUCGUAUCCGUCCACAUUCUUGUCCACAGACAAAACCUCCUUCUCCCCCUUUUUGAUCCAUUGGGACUUGAAUACACUCGGUAGUUAUUAUUGAUCCUCCCUCCACAUAUAUCUCAGUCCUUCUACUUCCCCUCCUGUCUCAUUAUUUUGUGUCAAUAUGACUCCCAAAGUGUUUCUCCCCUGAGACUCCACUUGCUGCAAGAUACCAGCAACAGUCCAUCUGCUGUUCUCCACACUUCCAUACCUGAUCCAUGCUGAAGCUCUUCAUUUGUACAGUAGGACACUGUUCUCAUCAUCAGUACUUGUGUGUGGGCUCUUUUCAUAUCUGAUCCAGCCGUUAAAGCCCCACCCAACUUCUCUCAAAAGACUGAAUCUGCCAAACCAAUCACAAAACAAUGCUGAGACUGAGUACCAUUAGUCUGUCUACUCAUGCAGAUAGUUUUGAUUUUAGGCAGAGGCAGAUAUAUCAGAAAUCUGAAGCCGUCGACAUGCAUGGGCACCCUGAAGAAGAUGGAAGAUAUGCUUUAUUUGUAAUUUCGACAAACUGAUCCCCUAGUUGUGCUCAUUAUCUGUUGUGUGCUUCUGCUUCAAAGCAGCGGUGAUGAUGCAAACAUCUGUUUUGGGGAGAAUGGCACACUGGUUACCCUCCAUGUUGAUAAAACAGACAAUUUAAGCAUCCUGUUUAUCUUAGAUUAUAUCUCAGUAUACACAACUCUGAUUGGUGGUCCAUCAUAUCAGAUGAUGAAGGCCAACUAUUAUGUCAUGAUUAUGCCACUGUCAUGUGAUGUGAUGCACGCUAACAUGCGAACACUUAUUUUGAAAGCCGCAUAAAUUGAUAUUUAGAGCUGAGGGCAACUGCAGAAUGGGUUCAUCCCUAUGAAUUACGCCUUUUUACAUCACACAUAUUCAUUUGAUUUAUUAUUAAAAUACAAAUAUUUGUUAGUGAAGCACUAAGUGUGCUUGUACAUCUUAAUCAUAUUUGCGGUGUGCUUAGCCUAGCCUGGCUCAAUGCUAGAUGCAGGGAAAGACCACCAUUCUGUUUUUAUCUGAAAUACAAUAGACACCUGUCUCAGUGAAACUUUAUAUAUUGUUCAUUUAAUAUGUCAAAGUUGAAAUCAAGCAUUUUCAAAGCAGUUUUCUCACUAACAACAUGCAGCAUUUGCUCACAGUGGAGCUGCUUUUCAAGAAAACAACAUGGCAGGUGACUAUUCUCUGAUGUUGGGCAACUAGAUUUUGCCUCUACUGGACUAACUGAAACUGAAUUAAUGGGAGUCUUCAACUCACUGUGGUUUUAAUGGCAGACAAGUAUAUUCACUAAUCUGCAGAACAGUUCAGAGCUGUUGACAGGUUAGAAUUCCAUCACUUGUUAAGAAGGGUUGUGUGACCUACGAAGCGUGUUUCUAGAUGUUCUGAAUGGCUACCUCAGCUCUAGCUCCUCACAGCUCCAGCAGUGCAGAGUUUUUAUAGUGAAACAACUCUUACAGUCACCCUUCAAAAGCAGUGUUGUUGUUGUAGUUGUUAUAGUUGUUGCCUGUAGUUGUCAACAUGGAAGAUGACCAAUGGGACAGUCUGCCAAAAGGUAUGUCUUAGUUCGAGCUAGAACUGUAAACCUGCUGUUCCCAUUGCCCCCCAUCUUUCCCCAACAUCCAGUUGAUAUCUGAGAGGACAUAUCAGCAAUUUGCUGCCUGGCACCUGUUUGUUUAGCCAGAUUGCUCCAGCACAGCUGGAGGAGGAAGAAGGAAGCAACAAGGACCAAUGACCCAGGUGGCCCUCCACAACCCCCAACUACCACGAAGAGACUUCAGUGUGGAGGCUUUAGAGACAGGGCCAGUCCACCCCCCACCCCCCUCAUCAUCAUUUACCAUGUAUGACCUCCAACAUAUCACACCCCAACCCCCUUGUCCCUCUUCAUCAAAGACAGAAAGACUGACACAUGAAUGCAUUGCUUUCAGUGUCACAACUAUUGGGCUUGGAUCAUUUGGAAUUAAUGAGUUAGCAAGUUUUGAGAAAGCUGAGGAAAAUGUCUCUUUGUAGGAUUAACCUUUUUGUUAUCUUUGUUUUGUCUUUUCUUUCACAAAAAACAAAGAAGAAUGAAAAAAAACAGCAAAUUAAAUGUGGUGGAGAUGUUCCAAAACCAUCUUGGAGUCAGUUGUUGUACUACUUUGAUUUGUGAAAUAGACUGUGGACACAGCCGAUGUUUACCAUGUGGUAGCUAGCCUUGAGCCAUCAUGCCCUUUUUGUCAUUGAGUCAUUGCUCUGUGUAGUCAAAUAGUGGCAUCCACUGUAUGAGGAACACCGUGUCAUGUUGUGUCAUUUCAGUGUGUUGACCAACUUAACUCGACAUAGAUUCUUGUGUUUCAGAAAUGGCCAGAGAAACUGUAUCUCAUGUUGUCGGAGGAGUCAGUAUCAUUUGUUCUGUCAGAGCCGGCAGCACCAGCACCUUUCAUUAGAAUUCACUCAGUAUGCACGAACCAGUAAUAUCCAUGUCAGAUAGAUGGGACUAGUAAAACAGGGCUCCCACAGUCAUAAAAUUCCUGGAAAAGUUAUUCGAAAAUAUUAGAAAAAAAAUGUUUUCCAGGUCUGGAAAUAGUUUGGAAUAAAUAGAAUGUUUUGGAAAAGUUUUGAAUAAACAUUGUUUUUGGCUUUUGUUAAACAUGUUUAAGCCAU